AUGUCUCACCGGAAGUACGAGGCACCGCGUCACGGUUCGCUGGCAUACCUGCCACGCAAGCGGGCUGCUCGCCACCGCGGAAAGGUCAAGAGCUUCCCUAAGGAUGAUCCCAAGAAGCCCGUCCACCUGACGGCGGCGAUGGGCUACAAGGCCGGUAUGACGACGAUUGUGCGCGACUUGGACCGCCCCGGUGCCAAGGCACACAAGAAGGAGGUCGUUGAGGCCGUUUCGAUCAUUGAUACUCCCCCGAUGAUCGUUGUUGGUCUGGUCGGAUACAUCGAGACUCCCCGUGGCCUGCGCUCGCUCACUACCGUGUGGGCUGAGCACUUGAGCGACGAGGUUAAGCGUAGGUUUUACAAGAACUGGUACAAGAGCAAGAAGAAGGCCUUCACCAAGUACGCCAAGAAGCACUCCGAGAGCAAGGCUUCGUCCGUCACCCGCGAGCUCGAGCGCAUCAAGAAGUACUGCACCGUCGUCCGUGUCCUCGCCCACACCCAGAUCCGCAAGACCCCCCUCAAGCAGAAGAAGGCCCACCUUAUGGAGAUCCAGGUCAACGGCGGCUCGGUCGCCGACAAGGUUGAGUUCGGCCACGGUCUCUUCGAGAAGCCCGUCUCGAUCGACACCAUCUUCGAGCAGAACGAGAUGAUCGACAUCAUUGCCGUCACCAAGGGUCACGGUUUCAACGGUGUCACCUCGCGUUGGGGUACCAAGAAGCUGCCCCGUAAGACUCACAAGGGUCUGCGUAAGGUUGCCUGUAUCGGUGCCUGGCAUCCUUCCCACGUCCAGUGGACUGUUGCCCGUGCUGGUCAGAUGGGUUACCACCACCGUACCUCGGUCAACCACAAGGUUUACCGUAUUGGCAAGGGUGACGCCGAGGAUAACGCGGCCACCGAGAUCGACGUUACCAAGAAGAAGAUCACUCCCAUGGGUGGUUUUGUCCGCUACGGCGAGAUCAACAACGACUUCGUUAUGGUCAAGGGUUCCAUCCCGGGUACCAAGAAGCGUGUCAUGACUCUGCGCAAGUCCAUGUUCAUCCACACUUCGAGGAAAGCGCUGGAGAAGGUCGAGCUCAAAUGGAUCGACACCUCGUCCGAGUUCGGUCAUGGUGCUUUCCAGACACCAGAGGAGAAGAAGACCUACCAGGGUACACUCAAGAAGGACCUCGUUGCCAGCUCAUAA